GAAGGGGAUUCUUCUAAUGCUAUAUGAGAAGUAAAGUCUAGUUGCCAUUUGCAAUGGAGAGAUUUUAGCAGAAUGAAAAAUACUUGGGGCUGAGCCUUAGCAGGAUACGCAAAAUAAAAAUUCCUUCGAGGCCAUUCUAAGAAGUACUUUUGGAUACAAUAUUAAUUUCUGCAACUGAGAUCCAUGGGUUUUUCCUUUUUUUUUUUUCCCUCCAAAGCUAAUCUACAGAUCCCCAAACUAGGUAGCAGUUCCGUUAUUAAAACAAACAAACAAACAAACAAACAAACAAAAAGCCAAACAAAAAAACCCAAUGAACCCUGAAGAGUUACAUUUCUUCGUGGCUCUUUUCAUGCAGAUGUCUCAUGUGCUGCUCUUCCCACUGGGUGGUGCCAUAUUCCCUGUGUAUAGCCAGCGGCUGCCUAGCGUCUUGCAGCUACUUGCAUGUUUCGUUAGUAUUUACUGUAAUCUGUUCUGCUUUCGAAAAUAAUCCGGAGUUUUACUUAUUUUCCCAAUCCCAGUUCUGAAGUAGGUGGUGAUGAGAAAUGGACAUAAAGCACAAACUAUGUGAUAGUUGAAUAAUUGUGCAUCAUAGGCAUUUUGUUCCUGUAAAGCUGUUGCUUUCUGGGCAGUGCUAGAUACCUUAACACCUUUCAGAUGUGACAAAACUUAAAUAGUGGAUAACUGAAUUCUUCAACCCAAUACUUCUUUAAGGAAUGGAAAAAACCUUUGGUUACAAAGUACAAUAGCUCCUUGUGUUUUGUUCUUCAACCCGCUCAAGACUUACACAUAGCAUGCAUUUUGGUGCAAUUAAAUGGCAUCAAGAUUCUCAUUGCUUUCUGUUGCUUAUCAGUAUUAACCAGCUUAUACUGAGCAGACAACCAGACAGCAGUAAAACAACGUAGAAUGGCCUAUGUGAAACUGCAAAAUAACAAGAAUAAAAAUAAAUACAUAUACUUGCAAAUACAUAUUCUCUGGGUUUGGCAGGUAUGUAUCUUUUCCUACCCACAGAGAUAAUCAGGGGCCAGUUCUGAUUUCUGUGAGAGUCUAAUUAAAGCCUUUGUGGUUAUAAUGGCAUAUUUACAAUGAAUGCAUUGUUUUUGCAAAUCUUGUAUUUACCAUUUUUCCUGUCCCUCACUUCCAAGGGAUGGUAGCUUGCAAUAGGGCUCAACAACUUAUUUUGAAUGGCAAGAAACACUGCAAAGUGAUAAGUAACUGGGAUGAUAGUUUGGUUAAAGUAUUGCCAUGCUUGCUAUUUUGAUGUAGCUUGUUUCCUGCCUGUUCUGGUAUGAUAGACAGUAGCAAUCUGUAGUAGACAGUACAGUAAACAGUGUCAAAGCAAAUGGGAAGAUGGUAUUAGAUUUUACAUUUUGUUGCUAUCAGCCAUUAUUCUUUCAUCUGUAUUUCCUGUAGUGUCAUGUCUAGCAUCUGUCAGAAUAGAAAUUGUCUUACAUAUGAGGAAAAUUUCCUUUUAGUUGCUUUUCUCUGACUUUAUCAUUAAAUCAGGCAUUUGGUUAAAAUAUCUUAGUGCAAUAGAAGUUCCCACUGAAAAGCAUCUAGGUGUGAGCAGAACUACAGAGAGAAAUAAAACAUGUUUUUGAAAGGUGCCUUUGAAAAUUCUGAUUUUCCUAUAUCUGAUUAAAAAAAGAAAAAGGAAAAAAAAAAGCCUUAGUGAUGAACAGCAUUAAGUGUUGAGAACGGCUUUCUUGUAAACCAUUUAGGUUUAAUUCAGGCACAAUUUCAAAAUGUAAUUCCAUCAAAGAAUUUUCUUAGGACAUAUAAAUAGAUUAAAAAGUCUUAAAUUCAGCCUGGAUUUUAAUAGAAUUAGAACUUGUUUCUAUGGUUCUAUGUAGCAGCUCUACCAAAAGGGAAGUUGAAAAGUCUGCUUUAAAUCUGGUAGAAUAUAAACAUGUGGUGUAUGAUGCACAUGGUUUUCUUCUUUUUGGGUAUCUCUUCUUGGCUUGCAAAUGCAAGGAAACAUUUCUAAAAAUCUGACCAGUUAAGGAGCUGCUUAACUAGGUGUGGCAAAUUAACAAUUUCGUCUUACAUUAAUACUAGAUAUUUAACACAAUGAAUUCAUCUGCCACUUACAGAAUCUAAGGGGAAGAUGGUUUGCUGACAGCAGAAAAAAAUAGCAUUAAAAGUCAAAGUAUGCUUUUCUUAGGCAUAUGGGUAAGGCUUCAUACAUGGCAUACAGAAUUGGAGAUAUUUGUCAGAGCUGUUAAAACAAAGGGCUGCUGCUGAGGGCUUUGCUGAGACUUGAGGAAGGUGGGACUCCAGAGCCUGUGGCAGACUUAAACUCUCAAAAACUUGACCUCGCUCAGUUUCAAUGAGGGAAACCACCCCCCCAUCCCCCCCCACUCCCACCUCUGGUCUUUCAACAAUCAAUAGCAAUUCAGUCUUGGCAAGAUUGAGACAGAUCCUAUUUCAAAACAUCAGAGAUUGAAUUUUGUUCACAGGCAGCAGGGAGACUUUUGUGACAGAAUCUGCUGUGAAGGGUAAGUAAAUUUGAAUAUUGUGAGUGUACAGAAGGAAGUUCAGUUUGAGUGAUGUGUGAUAACAAGACUGUGCAGUAGCACAUUCAGAUAACUGAAAAUUGUAUCCAAAAUAGAACUUGAGAAUUUUCUUCAUUGUAAUUUUGAUAUAAAAGGUAGUGGGCCCCAUCAUGAUCGAAGUUGUGUUUACAACCAGAGCAACAUAGUAGAUGGAGUUUACUGCCUCCCAAUAGCACACUGGAUUGAAGUCUCUGGACAUACUGAUGAGAUGAAACACACAACCGAUUUCUAUUUCAAUAUUGCAGGACAUCAAGCUAUCCAUUAUUCCAGGAUUCUGCCAAACAUCUGGCUGGGAAGUUGCCCCCGGCAGCUGGAGCACGUGACCAUCAAGCUGAAGCAUGAGCUGGGUGUUACAGCUGUGAUGAACUUCCAGACUGAAUCUGACAUUGUUCAAAAUUCCUGGGGCUGCAACCGCUACCCAGAACCCAUGAGCCCUGAAAUCCUCAUGAAACUGUAUAAGGAGGAAGGUCUUGCCUAUGUCUGGCUGCCAACUGCAGACAUGAGCACUGAAGGAAGAAUCCAGAUGUUGCCCCAAGCUGUCUGCCUCCUGCACGGGCUGCUGCAGAACGGACACACUGUCUAUGUCCAUUGCAAUGCUGGUGUUGGCAGGUCUACAGCUGCUGUCAGUGGCUGGCUGAGGUACGUGGUGGGAUGGAGCCUGAGGAAAGUGCAGUACUUCUUGGCUUCCCGGAGACCAGCUGUCUACAUAGAUGAGGAAGCUCUGAAUCGUGCUGAGGAAGAUUUCUACCAGAAAUUUGGGCAUCUUCGUUCCUCAUAUCAAAUACAAGAGUAGAAAAGCAGAAGAAGAAAAGGAAGGUGAAGAGGAAUCCUUACAUUUGAACCUCAAGGAUUUAGAAAUUUCUGUGACUCAGGCACCCACCUCACCUCUUCAGAUUAUAAGCUUCUUGUAAAAGUAAUGAGAAUUUUGUUUAAAAAGUGCCUUAGGGUUUUUUAUUUGCUUUCCUUAAGCUGACAUGGUUAAUGUUUUCAAGUAUUUUGGUGCAAUUAUGAGACCUAGAAACUGCAAAGGGAAACAAAAUUCUCUUUUAACUACUUGCCUAUAGGAACUGAGGUUUUAGCGUAGACACUAAACAAGAUGUGAGGUGAAAUAGAGUUGGCAAUAAAAAAUGACAAGAAAAAAAUUCAAAGAUUGACUGAUUAAGAUUCAGGUUAGGAUGGAGUAGAUCAUCACCAAAGCUGCUCAGUUAUUUUAAGCAGAUAUUAGAUUGUUGCAGUGUUUUGUAGUAAUUCUGUAGACAAGUGGUAUUGAUGAGAAAGACCAGAAGGAAACUGGUUCUUCAACUCAGUGUUUAAAAACAAAAAGCUAAUAUCUAAUGCAGUGAACUAAGAUUUUCUCUUUGUCCAUCUAGUUAAUUUUAAGUAUUAUGACCUCCAACUGUGUUCUUUUAUGACAUCGGGCUUGUGCUGGGCUGUGGCAUGGAGAAAGGACACAGCUCCAGCUGUGACAGCCUUGCUUUGUUGUGGCAGGACCACUGUUUGUUACAUUAUCCUAGGCUGUGAGAUGAAGUUGCAUUUUGCUCCUCUGGUCCAUGCAGUGCUGAACAGGGGCUCCCUUAGGUGCCGAGUCAGUCUGAGCAGUAAGACUGGGUAAGACAGGACUGAUAGGAAUUGUGUGGUAAGCAGUGUGCACGACUGGCACCACAACCUCUGGGCUGUUGACCUAGAUUAAUAUUUUCAAUACAGCAAGAGCCUCUCCUUGUGCAAGCAGUGAGUGUCUGCUGGGUUCAGCUGAUUGAAGCUAAUGCUGGGCUGUCUCUGGGCUGAAUGAAGUCAAUACACUCCUCUAUAGGAACAAAGAGCAGCUCUGGAGAGGAUGGUUUCUCAGGAGCUUAGCCUCAGUAUUAGCUUUGUGGAUGAUCCCUAAUGUUUUCCAUUGCUGCUUGGUCCCUUAGCUAAACUAAGCACCAACAGCUUCCAGUUCCACUCAGAGGAAACCAAUUUGAUGUAGAUUGAGUUCAAGAGAAGAGAGAAUUAAGGAUGCAUAAAGAUUAAGAAACAUAAUUUCUAUAGGUUUAUUCUUCAGUGAAAUCUCAUUUUUCCCAGCCAACUUGUUCCUCUAAAGAUGCAGUCAGUGACAGAGUAGUUUAAGUAAUAAAUAUUGAUUUUCUGAAUACUUAAUGGAGAAACUAUUGGAUAUGAGCUGCUUAUGGAGAAUGUCCAAAAUAAUAUAUUUUAUUUAUCCUAUACUUCAAUCAUCUUGAAAUGAAAAAUGUUUAUUUAAGUUAUUCUAUGUGUGGUUUUGACCAUGACUUCAUUUCUUAUUUUUUGAAAUAACAUUGCCUGUUUAGAAAAUGGAUGAGAAAAUAAAGAAAAAAUGACUAUUUGAGCAGCC